CCGUGUCAGGAUAACAUCGUUAACAGAGACCACCUGACGGUAAGGCAAGACAGAUGGACGCAGUGGAGAAAACUCUCACUUACAGAGAUGACACCGUGCUGUACGGAAAGCGGCUCCCAACGGACCAGGACAAGUACCCCCCAAAGACCCAACCGGACGAGCCCAAUUAUGUGGAUUUGGUUGACAUGAAAUCGGAUGGCACAAAACCCGUUAAAGGGACUUUUCCCGGGGAAGCCGAUCAGCGUGACUUUAUCCAACGAGAUAUAAGCGCAUUGGCACCGAAUGAUUUCCCCGGCAAGGGUGUCUGUGAUUGCAAAGUGAAUGCAGAGGAUUUCCCGGGAGAAUAUUUCCAGGACAGGUGGUUCGACAUGACGGUCACCGAUGAGGUCGCCGAGGAAGCGCGGUUACUUGGGGGGAACGGUCCGGACACCAACACGGAGCCGGGGGGGACCGCGCUGCCCCGAAAUGAACACGACCCGCGCGCUGGCAGCGAAAGUAUUUGUAGCAGAAGUGAUGACAUGGAAUACACGGACAUGUACUUGAACAGCAAAACGGAGUCGGACCACGACGACGAGAGCGAGGGGCUGUCGGAGCCCCACGAGCCCGAGCAGGUGGAGGACGAGUCCCACUACAUCACCACGCACGAGAUCCAGCUCACCGAGCUAGACCACGACGUGGACUACGACCACCACGGACGAGGGGACUGCGAGGACGACAACCUGGUGUACACGUUCGUGGACUACGCUCUGUUCGAGAGCGACGAGACCCAGGGAGACAGCGGCUGCAUGGGGAUAAAAAACAAGACGAUGCUGAACAUUACGCACGAGUACAAAGGAGCCGCGGCGGACGCGGGGCGGGAGAGCGACUCGGACAACAGCUCGGACGAGAGCGUGUUUAAAAACGAGUGCGUGAACACGCAUCAGGAAAGGUUGAUUCACUUGUCGAUCAAACCCGCGGCCAGGACCACGGAGGACAGCUCGGACAACUUCUCAGCCAAUGGGAACGCGUGCGGGCACGUCCAGCCGGCGCCGUACCGAGGCCGCUUUCUGACAAACAUUAACCCGCGAGGGUGUGAUUUUAUCCCCGCUCCGGGACGACAGCAUCUCGCCACCAAACUGCGGUGGAAAGAUGUCAACUCCAGCGGCGCGUCGAGUUCCAUCAGCGAGCUGGACGACGCCGACAAGGAGGUGCGUAAUUUAACGUCCAAGACGUUCCGCAGCCUGGCCUGUCCUUAUUUUGAUGCUAUCAAUAUGAGCACUUCCAGUGAGUCCUCAAUGUCGGAAUACGGGCUAGGGCUCAACAAGUGGUCUGCUUUUGUCAACUUAAACCACGGUAAUAUCUCACAGCAAACCGAACGCGGGGUCUUUGCGCGCAAGAGUUCCAGCGCCACGUUCGCACUGAACAACGCCGCUGACAGUAAGACUAAAGAGAGCAACCCGAAGACUCCCCAAACCAAGUUCGACGCGGCUAACAAAAACGAAGCGCGUUCUAAACAACCUUCUUCGUCCUCCAACAUAACACAAGCAGAACAACCCCAGAGGGGUGACGUUUUCACGUUAACGGAAACGAUUAACUUCCAGGUCGAAGCGGAGUUACCAGAAAGUACGAGACAGUCCAAAUGUUCUAAAGGUGUGCAAGGGUCGUCUCGCACCAAAGAGGGCGUGGCGAAGGGAAACACUCAAAAGCGGGCAACGUUUGCGUCGAGUCACUUGAAAAAUGUUAUUUCCAAAAAAAUGCAAUUUGAAAGUGAUCGCCAACUAGAAAGGGGCGACUUCGCCUCACGUUCUCCGUGCUCACAAUGCAGAGUACAGGAACACAGUCAGGGAAGAGGGCUGCACAGGCAGUCCUCAGAGUCAGGCUCAGAGUUCACCGUCAACUCUCUCGACGAAAUUGGUUAUGAAGGCAUGAGGCCUCACUCCUGCGAGACCAGAGAAGACGAGAAAAAAACACAUUUCCCAGAGAGGGGGGGCAUUGAGAACCUUGAUCCGUUGGAAACCCACAAAGCUGGGCUCAACCACAGCCAGUGUAGCGCCUUCACGUUACUAAGAGGUGAGGUGGAGGCUCAAAAGGCACCUCAGGGUGCCCAUGACACCACCCCCGCCACAGCACCUACAGAGAAGGAAGCCCCCGAUGGCAGCGGUGUCGGAAACAAACUGUCCCACCUUUUUGUUCCGAGCUCCCUUCUUCUUUCAAAGGAGAAAGACUCAGAGGAGCGGGACCCACCAGGGGCCGCAGCACAGAGCGGCCGAGAGCCCGUUGUGUACCGAAAAGAAGAGGACGAGAGGGUCGCCAAACCGCCCGAGAUAAAGAUACGCUUGAGGGCCGCAAAAGAAAACAAAGGUCACAUGCUCAAUAUUGCUAACCUCCUAACCCCUGAAAUAAGCAACACGGUGAAAACGCUGAAGACGGCUGGGUACUCUAGGCUUCAGGUGCUCUCCGCCCCAGACCGCAUGCCUCACUUCACCGUCCGCGACGUCAGGGAGAACAAGUGUAAGUUUCAGGCCCCCAUCUAUCACGUCAGAGACGUGCGCAAGUUGGUGAAAAGUUCCUAUGGAUUUGUCGCCGCCGAUAACGCCGAUAACAGAUGUCCUGCCUCCGCGCCGGCAGCGGCAGCAGAGGGGUCCGACGACACGGGCAAAAGAAACUCAAUCAAGCACGUGUCCCCCUCUCCGAUCUUCAUCAAAUGCAACUCGGUGAAAACAAACAGUGACGGCAAACCGGACCCGGCUACGGCGGAACCAUCGCCGCCCAAACCGCCGGAGGCCAGCCGGUUCUCCCCCAGAGGGGAGGGUUCCAUCUCACACUGGGCCGCCUACAAGGGGACCCCCGCCGCGGCCAAGCCUCCUCACCUCGACCCGCCGAGACAGGACCGACAGACGGGGGACGGCGGGGAGAGGAAGAACGACCCCAAGGUGCCCAACCAGGCGGCGCUGGAGAAGCUGCAGGCGGCGGUGAAGACCAUGGAGCAGCUCUACGUGUUCGACCGCAACGAGUGGAAGCGCAAGGGCCACGCCCCGCAGCCCGUCAGCAACAGCCACGUCCUGUCCCUCAUCGCCAGCGAGGAGCACGGCGCCGAGGAGGUCGCCGCGGCAACCGGGGGUCGGCGGUCGGGGGAGCCCGAUGCGAUCACGGGCGGCCGGGCGAACCCGUCGAUGAUCAAAACGGGAAGAGAGAAAGAGAGCAAGGGCAUCGUUUACGUCCCCAUGAACAGAGAUCCCGUCGGGGCGCAACCGCAGCUGAGCAAGACCUACUGUAAGAAGAGCGUGCUCCAUUUGGACCCCGGCAAGAGGCAGAGUCAGGACGUCCCCCCGGGUGCUCUGUCCCAGGCCUCCUGCACCCUCAAAAGCGCCAAGACGCAGGGGGCUCCGCAGUUAGUAAAGAUAGCGGUUCCUAAAGACCGGAGGCAGGUUGAACUGGUGAGGGCUGCCGACAGCGGUGCCACGGCGACGCCGUUCAACGUAGACCCCGGGAACUACCUGACCAUACCCAGGCAAGGGUACACCAGCGAGAUCAAACUGCUGCCCCCACCGCCCAACGCCACGGGCGAUUCCCCUGCCGCCCAGCCCCAGACGGUGGGUUCACCCAGCUCCCCGCUGGCCCUGCAGACCACCCAACCCCACCACGGGGAGUGUUCCUCCGCGUCCAUCUUCCACCACCACCAUCGUCACCACUCCCCGGCACCGCCAGCCCCAGGGCCGCCUCAGCCCCAUCUGCUCCGCCUCUCUCCCUCCGCCUCCCCCCCGUCCCCCUCCCGCGGCGGCGGCGGCGGCGACGCCGAGCAGCCCCCCGCCCCGCAGACCCAGCGCAAGAUGCUGCUGGACCUGACCACGGGCUUCUACUACCUGGUGGACACGCCCCUGCAGCCCGCCACCAAGCGGCUGUUCGACCCGGAGACGGGCCACUACGUGGACGUGCCCAUGUCCCACACCCCCGUCACACCCAUCCCCCUGUCACCACUGACGCUCAGCCCCGGGGUCUACACCCCCACCUACAUGAUGUACCCGGGGCCCAUCCCCCCCUCGCCCGUCCACGCCGACACCCCCGGCCUCCCGGAGGCGGGCCACACCGGCGGCCCGUCGAUCCCGCCCGCGCCGUCCUCGUCAUCAUCGUCCCGCCUGAAGCCCGGCCGGCAGCAGGAAGCGGGGGGAGCUGAGAGUCCGUAUUACAGCGCCACCGGGGAGGCCACAGACGAGCAUGUGCCCCCCCCUACGCACGUUAACGUGCCCAACCCCAGUCGCACGCACCUGCCCACGCUUCGACUUCCCGGGCCGGCGUCGGCGAUGGCGGGACGUGGCGGCGGCCGGGGCGGCGCCCAGAGGAAGCCAGUUAUCAGCAUCACAAGUCAACAACAACAGGGCCCCAGAAUCAUCGCCCCGCCCUCCUUCGACGGGACCACCAUGAGCUUUGUGGUGGAGCACCGGUGAGGCUCCCAGAGAACACAUUUUCGGACGUCUCCUCUGAAAAAAAGAAAAGACUAUUCAUUUGGCGUCCAUUCAACCAACCGCCAAUCAGAACGCCAACCUCCAAGUCAUGUUAUCAGACCGCCCCCCCCCUCCCCCUCUCAUCAACCAUACCGCCUCUUCAACCUCUAACGUCCCCAUGCUCUGUGUCCCCCCCCACUGCAUUCUGUAGGGUAAGGUUAUAAUAGGCCGCCCCCUCUCUGUGUGUCCUGCUCUAUAGAAGCUGCUUUGUCGAGUUUUCUACUCAGCUGUUCGUCUCUCACCUAGCCGUACACACACACACACACACACACACACACACACACACACACACACACACACACACACACACACACACACACACACACACACACACACACACACAGACACUGUUGGGUCACCGUGCGAUGUCAGUUCAAAAGGAAACAAAGGGACCACUUGUCUGCAUUGCACAAUUAUUUUGUAUUUUGUACAUUUCAAGAACAGAAAGAUGAGCGUGCCAAAGCGACGUCGCGGUGUGUCCUGUAUUAAACCGGCGUGACGUCCUUCCCCCAAUUACCUUUAUGUUGGCCAUCACGGGCCGAAGCACGUUCCUACUUUCUAGUUGAAGUACACGCACACCCCUUGGUAUUCUGUGUCAUGAAAAAAAGCUGCUAAUACCUGCACCACUGGACGUGAUGAACAUGUGAUGUUGGACGCACCGUCCCCCUGACGCCCACAACUGUUAUUGUUGUUAUGGCGAUGAGAGAAGAAGAAGAAGAAGACAGCGAAGGAUCGCACUCAGGCGUGUUGCCGUGGCCACACAGAGCUGGGACUCUUGCUGAGAGACGUUCUCAUAUGCGAAUAUGUAUCUAUAUAGAUCUAUAUGUAUAUAUAUAUGGAUAUCAGUAAUGCUCAACGUGUUUUGAGCCGGCCUGUGGCAAAGACAUGGAGGGGACGGCCUCCUCUAUUGGCGUGCUGCAGUGCUUGAUCCUGUGCCCACGGGGGGCACUGGGACGGAGCGGCCGCGAGGUGUGCUGUCUGUGUGAAUGUGUGAAGGUGUUUGUAGUUGGAAGAGUUAUGCAUGGCAUUCUGGCACGUACACAUGCAAAUACACAGGGGAGUCGCGUUACCCCGCUGGAGAAAGGAGCCACGCAGUAUCAAACGCAAGGAGAGAUGAGUGUAUCAGGGUGUGUGUGUGUCUGUGUGUGUGUGUGUGUGUGUGUGUGUGUGUGUGUGUGUGUGUGUGUGUGUGUGUGUGUGUGUGUGUGUGUGUGUGUGUGUGUGUGUCUCUCUAAAUGUACAAUGUGUGAACAUGCGUUAGGUCAUUGAACCUUUUAAUCUUUACGAUCUAUCCAUUGACAAUCGUAUUGUCUGUAGGUUUCAAGCAAGUCGAAGCACGCUAAAAUUAUCAACUGUUAUAAAUUCUGAUGCCGUUUUGUAAAUAAACGACUUGUGUAGAAGCAUAUUAUGUCAGUGAUUUGACUUGUUUCCUUUUAAAGUGAUUACUCGCAAUAGUGCAAUAACAGAUCCCUGUGUCGUUUAUAGUUUGAUUCUGUUUUAUUGAUUAACUAUCAGUCCGUUAUGUUCAUUCAGAUUGCUAUAAGGUUAGCGUGCUUAACAUAAACCAUGAUAGGUAUUUGGAUCUGCUGGUCAAUCCAUCUACCUUAAUUCUUCAAAUUGUUAUUUUGCCAUAACGUACUCGCAGAGAUGAUAUUAAAUAUUUGUUAUGGUGCAGUUAUUCGGACAUGGCCAGUCCUAUAUUUGACUCCUCGAUCAAUAAUAUAUAUCAAUAAAUUGUAAUUUAAAAUUGGACGUAUGAUUAUAUUCCUUGACUGAUACAAUAAUUUAAAUUUACGUCCAUAUUAAACUGUACUCGUCCCAUUGCCAUUGCAGAGCAGUGCAAAUUAUUUUGUGUAUUUAAAACGUGAGAGAAAAAAUUAUGAUAGUAAAACAAAAGAAUGACUAAAGUAUCCUCAGACGUGAAAUCUGAACCCAAAAAAGAUUAGUGUAGAGUCAAAAUAUACACUAGUAUAUCUCAUAUUAUACUAGUUUCAUUUAAUUAUUUAUUAUAUGUAAUUCCAUUGUGCAAACCUCACUUUAAGCUGCAUAGUGAAUCUCUUUCCUUUAAGAUGAAAAAAGGAUCCUAAAUGUAUUAUUUUUGUUUCUUUAUAGACACUUUAUAGACAGAUGUAAAUCAUAUUUACAUCUAGUAUUUUGUCACCAGCAAAUACAAACUAAUUAAAAAUAAUGACAGCAAAAACAUAGCAGUAUCACAUUAUGGGCCUUUGUUGUUCAGCUGAGACUGAAAUAUUCAUACCGUAUUACUUUCCCACAAAAAAUGCCAAACACUGGUAUAUUCUUUGAACCUAUGUUCUUUUGACCAUGCUCAAUAGGACAAUAUCAAAACCAAAAAAUUAAAAAGAUCUGCUUGUUUUUGAUACAAUUUGAAAAGAAAACUGAAAGUAGUUGAAUGUGAGAUGGCCUGAGCAUGGUUUAUGCAGAUGAUACAUGAAUGUGGAUUGCUUCCCCAAAGAGAGAGAACGAGAGAGACUUGUGAAGACAGAUAGACUAAAGGAAGUUUUUGUAUGUGUACAAGAAAGUGAUAUUUGGCAUACUGUAGGCCUGACAAGCCAACAGCUGUUUGAAAUAAAAUCUAAAUGCAGGCCAA